UGUUAACGUACAGUGUACUUCCAUGAUGUUACAACUCCUGUUUCAGACAAAAUGUAAACAAAAUGCGAGAAUGAGUUCAUACAACAGGAAGGCGGAGGCAACUCCGUUUUCCGAAACUUAUGCUAGAUUUCCGGAUGGUAACAUGGAGUCAAGUCAAUUAAAAAGAGACAUUUCUGGUACCAGGGACCAUUCUAGGGGUCUCCGGGACCAAUCUAGGGGCCACCGGGACCAUUCUAGGGGCCACAGGGAUCAGUCUAGGGACAUAAAGGAUCGGUCAGAGAACAGAGGUCGUCUUGGGACCGACAAAAGGGAUGAACCUCAAUCAUUUGAAAUUGAGACCGAGGAAUUAGAUCCCAGGGUUCAACAGGAACUCGAAAAAUUAAACUCAUGUACGGACGAGAUUAACAGAUUAGAGGUACAGUUAGAUGAUGCUAACACUGUAUUCCGAUUUCUGCUCUCAGAUUCUACCCAUCAUCUUAAAGCAUUGUCUAAGAAAAUUGGAUCAUGUAUAGAGAAAGCAAGGCCUUUUUAUGAAGCUCAGUUUGAAUCAAUGAAUGCCCAGGCAGAAUGCCAAAAAGCUGCAGUACAAUUCCAGAGAGCGGCAGGAAUACAUGCUGCUGCUAAAGAAACCAUUAGUCUGGCAGAGGAAAGAUUCCUUGACAAUUCAGGUGAAUGGCAGUUUGACAAUGCCUGGCAGGAGAUGCUGAAUCAUGCAACUAUAAAGGUUAUGGAUGCUGAGAAGCAGCGAACUGCUAGUGAAAAGGAGCAUCUGGCCAGGAGUGCUGCUUUUAGCUCUGCAGAAGCUAAAGUUAAAGCAUUGGAGAAGAAGCUCUCCAGGCAUAUAGAGAAAAGUAAACCCUACUUUGAACAGAAAGAUGCGUUUAACAAGGCAUUAAACUCAGAGAAAUCUAGAAUACAGACUCUUCAAGCCAAAAUAUGUCAAACAAAGUCUCAAUAUGCGCAAUCACUGAGGAAUCUAGAGGAUAUAUCAGAAUCAAUUCAUCAAAGACGGAAGACGAAUAAAAGACUGGUGGAUCUGAGAGAAGAUUUUGAUUCCCUGACCUACGACCUUGACCUUUGUCAUCUAGACGCAGCUAGCACCAGCAGUAUUGCUGGCAGUCAACUCACUAUUUCAGAGAACUCUGGCUGUGACUCUGCCCUGGGUAGUGCUAGUCUAGUCGGGGAGGGGAGUAUAGUUGAUGAGGAUAGUUUACAGGUUAAAACACAGGUGUCAAGAAGGUAUUCUCUACCUGAACAGUUGAAUACUAACAAGCUGGUUUCACGACCCCCAGCAGAUUGUGUCAACGAAUCCAAGAAUACUCAAAAUAAAAACUCUUGCCAAGAAGAAAUCUCUCAAUGCGUUGAAUACUCAGAUGAAACUCUUCAUCGUCUAGAAAUCUCCGAAAUCUCCGGAAACCCCGGUCAGCAUUCUAACCUUACCGGAGAAGAUGAGAAUGCUAGAAGAACGUCCAAGACUGUUUUGUUGGAAGGAUCUUCACUCUCACAGGUUGAGUUCUCCAGAGCCGUUGAAAUCUCCGAGUUUGAAAUCAGCCUCGUUCGUGAGGAGGCUGUUGGAGAAGGUCAGGAGGUUGAAGGGGAUGAACAUGAAGAAGAAGAAGAUCGUCAGGGGAUUCAUUCUAUCGCCGAUCUAACUCCAAUAAAGCUCUAAUACUUUACAAAGUUCUCUCUAUUUACGUCCACUAACUGUUAGAAAUCUAUGUAAAUAAUCAAAUUUUGUUAAGUUUACGAAACAUGUUCAUUUUUUGCAAUUACGGGCAAUAUAGAAACCUUGAGUACUAACAGCGCGUUUCCGUUUUUGAAGUUCUUAUUCCGAUUUCAAAGAAAUUGGAGCAGACCAGAUUGGAUAAUGAUCAAUAGUACAAAAAUGCUCCA